GGUCGGCGGAGCUGCUGGCUGCCGGCGGUGUCGGGCAAUAAUCCCUGCCUCUCUUUCUCUGUUUCUCUUCUGUGUCUGCUCCUCCCCUCGCCCCCGGAAGCAGGAGGAGAACGGCCCCGGAGCGGAGCAGCCACCCUCUGACCAUGCCCCAGUGAGGGGAGGACUUCGAGGGCAACUUGUCGUGGACUGUCUGGGCUUAGCCAGCGAGCUGCGGGCUGCCGGGGGCCCGGAAUUGCACGGCGCGGCCCGGCGGGGGGCUAUCGUCUAUGUCUUCUUGGGGCGCCAGGCGGAUCGGGGUCUCGCUUGUGCAGGAAGAGCCCAGCGCUGUUGUCUUCAGGUGGCUGCCGCCGCCGCUGCUAGUGUUGUUUCCUCCGCUCGUACGAGGAGCAGAGACGGGCGAGCAGGGAGACCUCCGGGGCAGCGAGGCAUCGGACAUGUGUCAGCACAUCUGGGGCGCACAUCCGUCGAGCCCGAGGGGAGAUUUGCCGGAACAUUUCAAACUGCGAUAUUGAUCUUGGGGUUGACUGUUCCUGGCCGGCUGUCGGGUGGGAGUACGAGUGUGCGCUCGGGAGUGUGUGUGUUUGUGUGUGCGUGUGUAUGUGUGUGCCGUGUCGGGCUCCCCCCUUUCCCCCCUGUUUUCCCGUCGAGUGAUGCACUUGGAAUGAGAAUCAGAGGAUGGAAAUAGUCUGGGAGGUGCUUUUUCUUCUUCAAGCCAAUUUCAUCGUCUGCAUAUCAGCACAACAGAAUUCACCAAAAAUCCAUGAAGGCUGGUGGGCUUACAAGGAGGUGGUCCAGGGAAGCUUUGUUCCAGUUCCUUCUUUCUGGGGAUUGGUGAACUCAGCUUGGAAUCUUUGCUCUGUGGGGAAACGGCAGUCACCAGUCAACAUAGAGACCAGUCACAUGAUUUUCGACCCCUUUCUGACGCCUCUUCGCAUCAACACUGGGGGCAGGAAGGUCAGUGGAACCAUGUACAAUACUGGAAGACACGUGUCCCUCCGCCUGGACAAAGAGCACUUGGUCAAUGUUUCAGGAGGGCCCAUGACGUACAGCCACCGGCUGGAGGAGAUCCGGCUACACUUUGGAAGUGAGGACAGCCAAGGGUCAGAGCACCUCCUCAAUGGACAGGCCUUCUCUGGGGAGGUGCAGCUCAUCCACUACAACCAUGAGUUAUAUACAAAUGUCACAGAAGCUGCAAAGAGUCCAAAUGGAUUGGUGGUAGUUUCUAUAUUUAUAAAAGUUUCUGAUUCAUCAAAUCCAUUUCUUAAUCGAAUGCUCAACAGAGAUACGAUCACAAGAAUAACAUAUAAAAAUGAUGCAUAUUUACUACAGGGACUUAAUAUAGAGGAACUGUAUCCAGAGACCUCCAGUUUCAUUACUUAUGAUGGAUCGAUGACUAUCCCACCCUGCUAUGAGACAGCAAGUUGGAUAAUAAUGAACAAACCUGUCUAUAUAACCAGGAUGCAGAUGCACUCCUUACGCCUGCUCAGCCAGAACCAGCCAUCUCAGAUCUUUCUGAGCAUGAGUGAUAACUUCAGGCCUGUCCAGCCACUCAACAACCGCUGCAUCCGCACCAACAUCAACUUCAGUUUACAGGGGAAGGACUGUCCAAAUAACCGAGCCCAGAAGCUUCAGUAUAGAGUAAAUGAAUGGCUCCUCAAGUAGGGAACAAAGCCAAGAAGAAUCCCACCUCACUGAAAUGCUACAACUACAACUGUGAAUUGACAUAACCUAGAAUGUUCCCCUUCUUACUUCUCUCUCCUUCCUUCCCCCAAGCCUCACUCACUCUUUGGAUUGGCCCUUUCUCCAUUAAAGUGUCUGCAAUACCACAGCAGAGGAACAGAUCUCUUGUGCAUACUGACAAACACACACACACAAGCACUCAUACAUUCUUAUACACAGAUGCAAACAUACAUAUACACACACACAUAUUCACACAACCUCCAUGAUGGGCAGUCACGUUUCAGAAGUAAAAGGCUCAUUCAUAAGCGGUCAUAGAAGAAAAUAACUUCAGUUAACCUGAUGACAAUUUUGAUACAGUUUUCCCGAACUAAUAAACCUACCCAAUGAGACUUUUCAGCCUUUGUACAUACAAAACUCUUCCAAAAGAGAGAGGAGGAAACACAGCUCCAACAGCAUCAAGUGGACUUUGUUCUUUGCAUCAAGUAAUCUCAGAUAGUGUCCUAGGAUCCUUCUAAGGGAGCUGGUGACAGGUGAGCUGGACAAGGUUGGCCAAGGACACUUAUUUCUAGAUUAUGAUUCUUCUGUUUACUCAAUUAAAAGAAAAAGGACAGACAUUGAAGAGAUACACAAUGUAUAUAUAUCACUGCAGACUAUAAAGAAAUGGAAUUAUUUCCUUCUUUGUCACUUAUCUGUAGUAGGAUUUGCCAAGAUCAGAACUGAUCCAUUUGCUGUUUCUUGUUUUCCAAAGGUCAUCCAUGGUGUUUGGUUAUUGUUAACAGCUCAAUAAAUGUGUUUAACAAAAGUUAAUUUCAUUUUUCUGGCUUUGGUCUCUUCUCCUUCCUCACAGGCUAAGCCCUAGCCCCAUGCAACUGCAUCCUUUGGUUUUACUUGUUCUUUCAUCUACGUGUUUUGUUCACUUGCAGCCAGUUUUUACUGAGUCUUUGGCAAUCAGGAAUGCAAUUGCUAAGCAAGUAUAACUUUAAUUCCACUCCAUGGCUCGAUCAUUCAUACAAGGUGAGCUUCAGCCUGAGAUAGCAGGCGACAGAUUUCUUGCAUUUCAAAACUGCCAUUCCCACCCCCCUGUGAUGCUCCCUUGAAGGAAUGCACUUUGCCUUGUAAAUUCCUGGGAAAGGGGUGUCUUUUCUCUCCAGGUACAGCCAGAUCUCACCAAGUACAAACGAAUGCCUUUCUUUUCUUGUUUAUAAUGGUCACUCACUGUGUUUGG